CGCCUCCUGCCCUCCCGGCGGGCUCCCAGGCUCGGGGAAGCGCUACUUCCUGCCCGGGUCCCACGAGGAGCCAAGCGGCGCCCAGGUUGCCGUCCCUUCUUAGAAUUGUGAAAUCCUGACAGGUUCAGAUGGUGUUGCCUCUUCUGAUAUGCUUUGCAUUCCUGGCCAGCAAAGAUGGCUGUGACCCUACACACCGAUGUGGGAGAAAUUAAAAUAGAGCUAUUCUGUGAAAGAGCACCCAAGGCAUGUGAAAAUUUUCUGGCACUCUGCGCUAGUAACUACUACAAUGGCUGUAUUUUUCACCGGAAUAUCAAAGGAUUUAUGGUGCAGACUGGAGAUCCAACAGGCUCCGGAAAAGGAGGAAAUAGCAUUUGGGGCAGAAAAUUUGAAGAUGAAUACAGUGAAUACUUAAAACACAGUGUCCGUGGAGUUGUUUCUAUGGCAAAUAAUGGUCCAAAUACAAAUGGGUCUCAAUUCUUCAUCACCUACGGCAAACAGCCACACCUGGACAUGAAAUACACCGUGUUUGGAAAGGUAAUCGAUGGCUUGGAUACCCUGGAUGAGCUGGAGAAACUGCCAGUCAACGAGAAGACAUUCCGCCCCCUUAAUGACGUCCAUGUUAAAGAUGUUACAAUCCACGCAAACCCUUUUGCUCAGUAGCUGCAAAGCGCCCAUGCACAUUCCUGGGUUAAAAAACUGCUGGUGGGUCUUUGAAGACACAUGGGCUUGUGCCUUCUCUUGGAAUUACGGUCUUCCUAAGCUGUUCAAAUUUCAGCAUUUCAUGGGGGGGAACGCCACCGUUUGAUGUGUGAAAUUGUACACAUUUAACAAACCUGGGCUAAUGUUUUUAAAAUAAAUAAAUAUAUAUAUAUA